UAAUCUAAAAAUAUAGCUAUGAUUAAUCUUUACCUUUUCAUUCGUGUGAAACAUGAACAGUUCAAAUAUUAUUUAAAUGAUCCACAAACAUUUUAUACCUUAAAAAAGAAAACUUACCGAAUGAAUAUAUUUUACAUAAACAAAUUAGUCUGAAGUUUAUCACUAUUUACUAUAAUAUAUUUUCACCAUUGCACAGGUUGGCGCAAUAAUGAAUGCUUUUCCCCGGCGGCCAAUCAGCAGGCGGGCCAGUCGUCUUGCUCCACCAAUCACAUUCCUCCGCGGCAUUUAAAGGCUCCCUCUACCAGUGCUCGGCGGUUCAACCCUCGCGUGAAUUAGCUCGUAUUUUCGUCCAGGCGCUUAUUCUUCUUGCAGUGACCAUCCCCAAGUGUGCAGGAUGCCUCUGAGGGCGCGGCAGCAGCUCAAUAUGGUGGAGCAGAAUGGCGGGCCGAGGAAGGUGGAGGCCAAGGUGUUCCAGGGCCCCACACUCCAUCGGGCAGCCCUGGGGGAGAUGAGCAACAGGAAUUUCUCCCGCCACAGUUUAAAGUCCAUGAAAUCCCUGGACAUAGUGAAGCAGGAGGCUGUGUCUGUUGUGGGUCUGAAGAGGUACAGUGGGAAGGAGAAUGUGCAGUCCAGUGUGGUGGUGGAGAAGGUGAAGAAGGAGGUGCCAAAGGAGCCAGUGGAGGAUGUGGUGAACAGCAGCAAGAUGGAGGUGGAUGAGCUGGUGGUGGCAUUCUCCAGCCAGCGCCUCAAUGUGGAGGACAUCGACGCUCAGGACGCCAGCAACCCCCAGCUGGUGUCCGAGUAUGUGUGUGACAUCUACAACUACCUCAGGAGUCUGGAGAACAAAUCUCCAGUGCAGUACCGCUACCUGGAGGGGCAGACCGUCACCCACAAGAUGCGACUCAUCCUAGUGGACUGGCUGGUGCAGGUUCAUCACCGCUUCACACUCACUCAGGAGACACUCUUCCUCACUGUUGGCAUCCUGGACAGAUACCUCCAGAAAGAGAGGAAUGUUCCCCGCAACAAGAUCCAGCUGGUGGGUGUGACGGCAAUGUUCAUAGCCAGCAAGUUUGAGGAGAUGGUUUGUCCGGACGUGGGGGACUUCUCAUACAUCACCGAUAAGGCUUACACCAAGAGGGAGAUUCUCAGGAUGGAAAUAGACAUUCUCAAGAAGCUGGAGUUCAACAUUUCCAUUCCUCUGCCACUCCACUUCCUCAGAAGGAACAGCAAGGCAGGCAUGGUUGACUCGAAGCACCACACCCUCGCCAAGUACCUGAUGGAGCUGUGUCUGCCGGAAUACACCAUGUGCCACUACAAGGCGUCUGUCAUUGCUGCUGCUGCUCUCUGCCUCACUCUCAAGCUGCUGGAUGGUGGGGAUUGGAAUGACACGCUGAUCUACCACUCCACCUACACAGAGGAGCAGCUGAUGCCUGUCAUGUGCAAGAUGGCAGCGGUGGUGGUCAAAAGUCGCCACAAUUCUAAACAUCAGGCUGUCAGGGAGAAGUAUGAGGCAAUCAAAUUCAUGAAGAUCAGCAAGCUGCCUGAACUCAAGUCUGACAUGAUAACCAGGUUGGCAGAGAGAAGUGCUCUGACUUAAGUACCUUCACACUGCCUUGGACAGUCUACCAUGUACAUACUAGUUUGUAAGAUUACCUAAGUCUUUUUAUUGUGUGAUCUUUGGUGUAAGAAAAUGCUUUAUGCCAUAUAUGAUAUGUAAGUGAUAAACUAUUUGUUAUUCCAUGGAUGCAAGCAAGUAUUUUUAUAGAUAUCUGGCUUUUUAGUCACAUCAGUUUUUUGAAGCUGUGGCAGGGAAUUACUGGUAGGAGUGAGCUUUAAGAUGGCAUGCUAAUACCAUUGCACUUCCUUGUUAUUUUAGUUUUUGACUUUUUAUGAAUUAGAGAUGUACAGUAUAUACAGUACAGUAGUUUUAGUUUUAUGGGUAUGAGAGCUUGUGAUAAAAGCUUGGGUGGGAGGGAAGCAUGGCAGCCACAGAGCAGAGUGGCUGGGGAUCAAACUAAUGUAUAGAUAGACCUUUGUAUUUUAGUCUAUAUGUAUGUACUGGAGUCACUCUAUGAGCUGCCUGGUGGACAUGGGCAGCACUGGGGCUUAAGAUGUGGCUCCUGGGGUUUUACAUUAGGAAAGGUACUGCUUGGCAUUACCUCUGAUCUGUGACUAUCUUCAGAAUCUGCCAUAGAUAUACUAGUGAUUAUGAUGGAAAGUCUGGCCGAGUUCAUCACUUCAGAGGUGCACUGAUAAGAUAUUACUGCUUCAGUAUCAAUUAGUUUUUAGUUCUUUUAUCGGUCUUAUUAUGCACUACUAGUUCCUAAGGAGAGUCACUGCUGUGGAUUACUUUUUUGCUUCAUUGUUUAUGUGGUGGCAGUGCAGGGCAAGUCAGGAUACUUGUCUGUAUUGUGGCAAGAUAAUUUUUCAUAUGUUAUUCAUGUAAGGUAAUGAGUCAUGUGCUUGAUGAAUGAAUAUAUGAGUAAAUUAAGAUAGAUGUACAAAAUGUGUUGUCCCUUGCCAACUGAAGGUUUACGACAAAGUGAGGAUUGAAGGGAGUGGGGAGUGCAUAUUUACAGUGUGUGUGUGUGUGUGUGUGUGUGUGUGUGUAAGGUCAGUAUUGCAUGCCUCCAGAACUGUCAGUGAUGUAUCAUUAUUCAAUGUAUAGCUAAAUAAAAUAAAAAAAAAAUUAUUGUAAUCCUCAA